AUGGAUCCAUUCGAUUUUCCUGGUGAUGGCCCGGCCCCGCCCGAGGGGCUGGUUCAGCUGUGCAAGAAGAUCAGCAGUACCAAGUCGAAGGACGCACUGAUCAAGGGACUAAAGCAGUUAGUAUCUAUUCUUGAGUCGGCACCACAGGAUGUGGAGGCGCUGGGCCGCGGAGGGGACGAGCUGCCGCGCACCGUGGCGUCCCUACUUCACCACAGCGACAAGGACGUGAAGCUAUAUGUAGCGGUGUGCGUGGUAAACAUGCUGCGGAUCUGGGCGCCCGAUACGCCGUUCGACGAUGAGCCCGACAACCUGGAGGCAGCGCUGGGGGUGGUGUUGUGGGUCGUCAACCGGCUGCAGAACCACGCUGUCCCCACAUUUCAGCUGGCAAUCUCAGUGCUGCAAGUGUUUUGCGAGACCAAGAGCUACUACCUGCUGACCGACUCCGGGCGCGGCGACAUGGAGCUCGACUGGUUCAGGGCGCUGCUCGACUGCGUCACGGAGGCCAACGCCGAGUCCCUGGAGCUCUACGUCACUGAGAUCCUUUGCGGCAUGCUGGAGGACGACGAGAUGGUGUCAGAGGCCAAAGUGGAGGCGCUGCUGUCUUGCCUGGUGCCGCCCGCCGCCGACGAGAGCCCCGCCGCGGGCGCGGUCGCGCGCGCAGUGCUGCGUCGUCGCGAGCGGGAGGUGCAGCCGACGCUGCAGCGGCUGCUGACGCGGCUGCUGACGAGCCCGCUGACGGCGAGCUCAGGGCUGUGGGAGCAGAGCUACGCGGUGGUGGCGCAGGCGCUGCUGCCCGUCGUCCCCCACUUGUCGGACGAGCUCUGCUCCACCGACGCGUCAAAGCGCCUGGAGGCGGCGCGGCUGCUGGGGCGGCUGUUUGGGCAGCGGGGCGGCGGUGCAGUGGCCGAGGAGUGGGGAGAAGUCCUGACAGAGCUGCUGAGGCGCUUCAAGGAUGAGAAGCAGCAGCAGCAGCAGCAGCAGGAGCAGGAGCAGCAGCAGGAGUAA